UAUUUUUAGCAAAUAAAUAUAUUGGUUUUAGAUGGGAGAACUCUUUCACAUAGAACUCGUUCUCUGUUUUUCACCUCCAAAAACUAAAAGUGACUUUUUGACCAAAUUCCGCUUCACUACUCUUACCAGUAACUCUCUCUCUAUUUUAUUUUAUUUUGUUUUUUAAUUUGGCUUAUCUUUCUUUCUCUUUCUAUUUAUUUUAAAAACUAAAGUUUUAAUUUUUAUUUUAUUUUCGUUUCUUCUUCUACUUCUGCUGCGUAAUCGACAUGACUAGCCAUUAAAAGAAACCCUAAUUCUCUCUCUGCAAACUCUUUGGAGUUCACAAGAUAAAAAGAAGGUAAACAAAAAACAAAGAGGGGAAUAGGAGGAAUCAAGUGUGGGAUAUGUCCUUCAAUCAAUCUAGGUCGGAGAAAAGCGAACAACAAUACAGAAAAUCCGGGCGAUCAGCCAGUUUUAAUCAACAGCGGUCCUCCUCAGGCGUUUACAGUAAGGGCGCUGGCGGCGGCCCUGCCCCUUCGCGGUCUCCUUCUUCAUCUUCUUCUUUGUCUUCUAAUCGAAGUCUUAAGAAGUCUAGCAAUGCACAAGGAGGGCAAUACCGGUUAAAUUCACCGGUCGUGAGUUCUACCGAGUCUAGUAGUAGUUCUGCUGCCCGCACCAAACCAAAUGGUGCUCAUUUGCAACCCCAGUUACUGGGAGCAUCAGAUGCAUUAAUUGCAGGCAACGCUGCCCAGCCUGUUCAAUCGCACACCAUUCAGAAUAGCACUCGACCUGUUUCAAACGCUGCAACUUCUCAACCUGCCGCCAUAAGUUCUGACACUAGUUUCCCUUCAACCAGCGAAAAGGAAGAUGCAUCCAAAGCAUUCUCUUUACAGUUCGGGUCCAUAACUCCUGGUUUCAUGAACGGAAUGCAGGUUCCAGCUCGAACUAGCUCAGCACCCCCAAAUUUGGAUGAACAGAAAUGUAAUCAGGCACGGCAUCAUUCUUCUUUUAAAUGUGUGCCGAAUUUGCCCAUUCCCAUUCCUAGACAGCAGCUACCAAGAAAGGAUUCGGUUGCAACUGAGCAAUCUAGUUCUGGGGAGGUUUAUCCAGUGCCCAAGAUAAAAAAAGAUGCACAACCUUCUUCAGUACCCCCUGCAAACCAGACACAGAAGCCGUCUCCUCUUAAUAUACCAAUGACAUCUAUGCAGAUGCCAUUUCAUCACCAGCCUCAUGUUCCCAUUCAAUAUGGUGGGCCUAAUGCACAGAUUCAGUCUCAAAGUGUUACUGCCAGUUCAAUGCAAAUGCCAAUGCAUAUUUCCUUAGCUAUGGGAAAUGGACCCCAGGUGCAGCAGCAAGUCUUUGUUGCAGGUCUUCAGGCUCUUCCAUUGCCACCUCAAGGGAUGAUGCAUCAGGGUGGGGGCUUGAGUUUCACACCAUCCAUAGGUGGCCACCUUCCGCCACAAUUGGGCAACUUGGGGAUGGGCAUUACCCCUCAGUAUUCUCAACAGCAAGGUGGAAAGUUUGGUGUUCCACGUAAAACCACUCCUGUCAAGAUUACUCACCCCGAUACUCAUGAAGAAUUAAGGCUUGAUAAACGAACAGAUACACGUGCAGAUGGUGGUUCUUCAGUUCCAAGGCCUCAUUCUAACAUGCCAAUCCAAUCCCAGCCAAUUCCAUCCUUUGCUGCUCCUCAUUCAAUCAAUUACUAUUCCAAUUCCUAUAAUACCAAAUCUGGAUUUUAUCUGCCACCAAGUUCACGGCCAUUGGCUAGUAACCAGAUAGCACCCAAUACCCAAGGACCGAGAUUUAACAAUCCUGGUAGCCAGGGUCAUCAAAACAUUUCUUUCAUGAAUUCAGCAGCUGCCCAUGGUUCAUUGGCAGUUAAUAAAUCCGUUCAUCUUGUUCGUGGCAGUUUAGAAUCAGCGAAUGUGGAACCUGUACAUGAUGCACAAAAUGUUAUGCCCUUUACUAACUUUGGUUUAACACAGGUGACAGUUAAACCAGCUUCUGUUUCUGCCGGGGAGAAGUUUGAAGAUUCCUCUUCUUCUAGUAUCUUGCCUUCUAUUGAAAAGGCUGGGGCACUAAAACCUUCUACACCAGCUAGCGAGGUUAGUUCAUCUGAGGCUCAAAGGGACUUGGAUACUUUCCAGGAGAGCUCUGCACAACAGCCAAAAUCUGGUAAUGAAUCUUUAACAUCGGAGUCAUUACCAGCUACAGCUAAACACUCUGGUGGAGUUCCAGUGACUAACUUGGAUGAGAGCCAGACAUCUAAUUGUGUAUCGUCUGCUUCAGAUUCCACGUCUAGGGAGUCUACGCUAGUUCUUGCCAGUAAUGAAGGCAAGAGGACGGAGGGAUUGAGCAGGUCAAACUCUAUAAAAAAUUAUCAGAAGAAACCAGGUCAGGAAGGACAAAUUCAGCCACCAGUUCAGUCUACAUCAACAUCCAACUUGGCUACCAACCCUGCAGAAUGUGGUGUCUCUUCAGAUGGUGCAGUCACUGAAGCUCUAGAGGCUAAAAAAGCUUUAACAUCAUUAGCAGCUAUUGAUGUUUUGUCUCAAUCUACCAGGGAAUUACCAUCCAUUAAUGAUGCUUUGCCUUCUUCCUUAGACCCGAAGACAGAGAGCAAGAUAGAAAGCUUAAACACUGUUUCUUCUGAAGUUUCUGGUACUGGCAGUAAAGUUGAUAGCUUUGACAUUGUUCAGCAUGCUAAGAUUGAUGGUUCUUCCAAGCUGGAUGAACAACCAAGGUCUGAAAUUAGUGGAACUAAUGAAGAGGAAAAACAUUUUCCUGAAGAGCACUUAUCUUCUCAACUGGUUCCCUUGAAAUCUACAGAGCUUAAAUCUGACCAGUAUUCUGCAUCAAAGGUAGCAGCUACCAACAAUAUUGUUCGUACCCCAGGAACUGAGCAGAGGGUACACAAUGAAGAUUUGGGAGGCAAGGUAGAAAAUGCGGAAGCCACUGAUAGUAAGGAUAUCUCUACCUCUAGAAUUGCUGACCCUACUGGUAUUGAAAAUUCUCAUGUUCUCAUGACCUUUGGUUCCAAUCCUUCUUCUAGUGCCUCUAAUAGCUAUGAGAUGACUGCUACUAAAACUGUUAUAUCAGCCCAGCAGUCUGCACCUGUCCCAACUUCUGACCUCUUGGAGUCAAUUUCAAAUUAUGAAGGGGAAGGUGUUCUGCUACCUAGUUCAAAGGACAAACAUGCACCACAACUUAGUAGGACAAAGAGUACUAUAACUAGUGGGAAGAAAAAACUAAAAGAAAUUCUUCAGAAAGCGGAUGCUGCUGGGACAACUUCUGAUCUCUAUAUGGCGUAUAAAGGUCCUGAGGAAAAGAAAGAGACUGUCGCACCUUUAGCAAGUACAGAAAUCAGUUCUGUUGGUGUUAAUUUGAAACAGGCAUCUCAUGAGGCCCUUCAGGUGGAUGCCAUAGAAAGUGAGAAAAUUACACAGAGCAAAGCUGAACUCGAUGAUUGGGAAGAUGCUGCUGACAUAUCUACACCAAACAUGGAAACUUUAGACACUGACGAACAGGCUCAUGGGGGAUUAGCAAGUCAUGAGGAAGAUGGAAGUGGGAAUAUAAAGAAGAAGUAUUCCAGAGAUUUUCUUCUUAAGUUUGCAGGACAAUAUACUGAUCUUCCACAGGGAUUUGAUAUUGCUUCUGAUAUUGCAGCGGCCUUGAUGGCAUCAAAUGUCAAUGCAUCUCAUGCUGUUGAUCGUGAUUCAUACCUUAGUCCUGGAAGAAAAUUAGAUAGGCAAUCUAGUGGAUCUCGAUUAGAUCGCCGUGCUAGUGGAAUUGUUGAUGAUGACAGAUGGAUUAGACCACCUGGUUCUUUUGGCCCUGGAAGGGAUCCGCGACUUGAUCUUGGUUAUGGUGCUGUUGCAGGUUUUCGGCCUGUCCAAGGAGGUAACUUUGGUGUUCUAAGGCACCCGCGGGCACAAACGCCUCUUCCAUAUCUUGGAGGGGUUCCUGCUGGACCAAUGCCGCAUAUGAGUCCACAUGGAGGGAUGCAGCACGGUGGUCCUGAUGCUGACAGGUGGCAUCGUGGUGUUAUGUAUCAGCAAAAGGGUUUGAUUCCCUCUCCACAAAGUCCACUGCAGACAAUGCACAGAGCUGAAAGGAAGUAUCAAGUGGGUAAAGUGGCUGAUGAGGAAGAAGCCAAGCAAAGGCAGCUGAAGGGCAUUUUGAACAAGCUAACCCCUCAAAAUUUUGAGAAACUCUUCGAGCAAGUAAAAGCUGUUAACAUCGACAAUGCAGGUACACUCACUGGUGUCAUCUCACAGAUCUUUGACAAAGCUUUAAUGGAGCCUACUUUUUGUGAAAUGUAUGCAAACUUCUGCCAGUGUCUGGCUGGGGAGUUGCCUGAUUUUAUCGAAGACAAUGAAAAGAUAACUUUCAAGAGAUUGCUGCUGAACAAGUGCCAGGAGGAAUUUGAGAGAGGGGAGAGAGAGCAAGAAGAAGCAAAUAAAAUAGAGGAAGAGGGUGAGGCUAAGCUGUCUGAGGAAGAAAGAGAGGAGAAGAGAAUCAAGGCUCGAAGACGAAUGUUAGGUAACAUUAGACUUAUUGGGGAGUUGUACAAGAAGAAAAUGUUAACUGAGAGAAUAAUGCAUGAAUGCAUCAAGAAACUACUUGGUGAAUACGAGAAUCCUGAUGAGGAAGAUGUCGAGGCAUUGUGCAAAUUAAUGAGUACGAUUGGAGAAAUGAUUGACCAUCCUAAGGCAAAGGUGCAUAUGGAUGCUUAUUUUGAGAUGAUGGCGAAGUUGUCAAACAAUAUGAAAUUAUCUUCUAGGAUCAGGUUCAUGUUGAAGGAUGCUAUUGAUCUGAGAAAGAAUAAAUGGCAGCAGAGGAGGAAAGUUGAAGGGCCUAAAAAGAUUGAGGAAGUGCACAGAGAUGCUGCUCAAGAGCGACAAGCACAAUCCAGUAGGCUUGCUCGUGGUCCUGGCUUCAAUGCUGCUACAAAGAGAGCAGCCAUGGAUUUUAGUGCACGAGGGUCAAUGUUAUCUUCUCCAGGUUCUCAAAUGGGUAGUUUCCGGGGACUGCAGGGUCAACCUCAUAGUUUUGGGGCUCAGGAUGUUCGCAUGGAUGACAGACAGUCUUUGGAGUCUAGGACUCUGUCAGUUCCUUUGCCUCAAAGACCUACCGGUGAUGAUUCUAUUACUUUGGGCCCCCAGGGUGGCCUUGGUAGAGGGAUGUCUUUUAGAGGACCACCUGUAAUGUCCAGUACUCCCUUAGCUAAUAUUUCUUCAAUUUCCGGAGAUUCAAGAACUGCUGGAACGAAUGGAUUUAGUUCUGGUUCAGAGCAAAUGACUUAUGGUCCUAGAGAGGAUCUCAUGGCAAGGUUUGGGUCAGAUAGGUCUGCACCAACAGGUGCUUAUGAGCAGUCAAGUUCCCAGGAACGUGGCAUGCAUUUUGGUAAUAGGGACACGAGGACCCCAGAUCGCAGUUUUGCUAGACCUCUUGCAGCUUCACCGUCCUCACAAAGCCAAUCAUCUGGUUUCAGUCAAAAUAUUCCUCCUGAAAAGGGCUGUUCCGAGGAGCGUCUGCAUGAUUUGUCCAUGGAGGCAAUUAAAGAAUUUUACAGCGCCAGAGAUGAGAAAGAAGUUGCUUUGUGCAUUAAAGAUUUGAAUUCUUCAAGCUUCCAUCCGACGAUGAUUGCGCUAUGGGUAACGGACUGUUUUGAGAGGAAAGACAUAGAGCGGGAUCUUUUGGCGAAGCUACUUGUCAACCUGACAAGGUCCCAUGAUGGUGUAUUGAGCCAGGCUGAACUUGUUAAAGGGUUUGAAUCUGUCCUGAGUACAUUGGAGGACGCAGUGAAUGACGCGCCAAAAGCUCCAGAAUUUCUGGGACGUAUUUUUGGGAAAAUGAUAGUAGAAAAUGUGAUGAGUCUGAAGGAGAUAGGACGGUUAAUAGGUGAGGGUGGGGAGGAACCUGGGCAGCUAGUGGAAAUAGGGCUGGGCGGGGAUGUUAUGGGAAGCACCUUGGGGAUGAUUAAAAGAGAGAAAGGAGAAAGUGUGUUGAAUGAAAUUAGGGGUAGCUACUGUUUGCGGCUGGAGGACUUUCGGCCUUCGCAUCCCAACAGAUCAAGGAUUUUAGAAACUUUUCUUUAUUUAGCACAUAGCAAAGUGUAGUGAAUAGUGAUUGCUCCCUUUGAUUUUGGUAGAAGAAAAUUCAUGUCUGGCCUAGCCUAAUCUAGCAUUGGGUUCUUGUUAAGUUCCAUGCUUCUUGGCUAUGUCUGAACUUUAUUAUUAUUAUCGUUAAUGCAAAUAUUCACUUCACAACAAUUAUGAAAA